UUCUCCUCAAGUAACUGGAUAUUCAUCUAGAUAUAUAUAUAUACAUACAUUCUCACACAAAACAUAGUACUAUAUCAUAUAUAUAUCCAAUUAAUAAUAAUGAUGAAAAGAAUGGAUGUUCUGUGUUCCUCUCCGGCAUCCACAGCCAUAUGCUCAAGUAUAGAUCAACGUUCAAUGGUCCGCCGCAGCCAUAAACCACCACCCACCGCCGACCACCACCACCACCAAACCACAUCUCAUCAUCAUCACCGGCUUCUUCACAAUCAACUAUUUCUACUUAACCCCAAAACUUACAAGUACUACGAUCAACACCAAAAGACUAGAAAAAGCUGUUCUUCUUCUUCUUCUUCUUCUACUACUUAUAAUAAUAAUAAUAAUAAUAAGCAAAAUGAUAAGGAGGUACGUAGAAAAAGCUCAGCUGAUAUUUAUGAUUUGAAAGGUACUACUACUACUCCUUCUUCUGGCUCUUCUCGUUAUCUUUUGAGUGAAGAUUGGUUGUUGUUGUCGGAAGAGGAGGAGGAGCCUGUCGGGGAUCAUCGACCACGUGUCGUUCCUGUUAAGACAGUUGUUCGGCGGACGCCAACUCAGCUGGCGCCCGCCAAUUCUUGUAAUAGGAGCCUUAGCUCAAAUAAUAUUGACUCCUCUGUUUUAAUGAGGAGUACUUCUUCUUCAUCUACUAGCUCUCAUCAGGUUGUGGUUUUAAGGGUAUCUUUGCAUUGUAAGGGCUGUGAAGGUAAAGUAAGAAAACAUCUCUCCAAAAUGGAAGGUGUGAGAUCAUUCAGUACAGACUUGGCAUCAAAGAAAGUGACAGUCAUUGGAGAUGUAAGCCCUUUAGGUGUGUUAGCAAGCGUGUCAAAGGUGAAGAAUGCUCAGCUCUGGCCACAAACAACCACAACAUCAACUUCACCUUGGUCAGCUUGACUACUCUACUUAAUUAAUUAAAUUAAUUUUCAUUUGUAACACUUUUAAUAUUGUUAUUUAAUUUAUUAUUAGUACUUUUUUUAAAUAAUUAAUGAUCAAAUUAUGUCUUGGUCUGUGUGAUCAUCAUCAUUGUGGAAGAACAAUCAAAUUAUAUAUAUUGUUCUUAUGUUUAAAAUCAAAAA